AUGGAAAUAGGACUUACCCCAAUUGUAUGCAUUGCUCAAGAUUAUAUUCAAGGAAAACCAGUGAAUGAUCUACGAUUACGUAAAGCCAUACUUGAACUACCUGACAAUAAAACCGAACAUCUUCCAGGGUAUCUGCCUCUCGUACCAGGAAUGCCAGUUUUACUCACAGAAAACAUCGCUACCGAACUGGGACUCUCCAACGGUACACGUGGAAUUUUUCGUCAACUUGUAUACGAUGAAUCACCAGAAGAUGUUCGAUACCAGGAUAAGAAUUUUCCACCAAAUACCAAGUUUAUAACGCAACCAAAGUACGCUUUAGUAGAAUUUCCUGGUUGCAAACUUAAUACCAAACUUGCUGAACUGCAGUCCAAAAUAGUUCCUAUAGCUAUUAGUGAACAAACAUUCUUGUUCGACGCCAAAGAACUUCUUCCAGAAAAUGUAGCAAAAGCAGCCAAAAUAAACAAGAAAACAACAAAACUCACCGUCAAACGUAAAGCACUUCCACUUAUACCCGCAUACAGCAUGACAACACAUAAAAGCCAAGGCCAAACACUCGGACAUUUGAAAGAACGACGUUGUCGAUGUUUGUCAAAUGAUUUAACCUGUUGGCCCAAUGCUUCUAGUUGGCAAAGAUUCAAUGAAUCGAUCGAUGGACGUCUUGUUUCUCCUAAACCAUCGGCUGCAGUAUGUAAUUACAAUCUACUGAAUACAGAUGCAUGUGUUAUAGCUACGGCUCAAUGGACGAAUGCAUCGUGGCGUAGUGAUCAAGUAGGAGCAAUGCAAAAUCACAAUUGGGAAAAAAGUUCUUGUUCUAUUUCUUCUCCGAAUAUCUCGUGUAGUCAAGGAUCUGUACCCGUAUUAGCUGUAAAUGCAACCCUUUCUGAACACGUUCAAGCUACUGUACGAAUGGCUACUGUGAAUAAUCUUCGUUUGGUAAUAAAAACAACAGGACAUGAUUAUUUGGGUCGAUCAACAGCAGCCGGAUCUCUUCUUCUUUGGCUACAUUUUAUGACAAACAUGACACUGAUUCCGGACUUCUCAUCGUGUACGGGUGAAAAUGUUUUGAAUGCCAUUCGUCUCGAUGCUGGUGUUCAAUGGGGUCAAGUUUAUACCUGGUUAGCUCAGUACAAUUUAACAGCAAUCGGCGGAGCAUCCGGUACUGUGAGCGCCACGGGUGGAUUUUUGCAAGGAGGUGGUCAUGGUCCAUUGACACGCUGGAAAGGUUUGGCUGUUGAUCAAGUUCUCGAAUUCGAUGUUGUAACAGCAGAUGGACGACGACAAACAGUGAAUACAUGUCAAAAUUCGAACCUAUUUUGGACAUUGCGAGGCGGAGGCGGUGGAACGUUUGCUAUUGUUCUGUCAGCUGUACUACGUACUUUUCCAUCGCCGUCUGUUCUAAGCAGUUUUAACAUUUUGACCAUAGCAAAUGAGACUCGCUACAAUAGUUUUGUUCAUAAUUUUAUUCAUUUCUUACCUACAUUAGCUGAUAACGGAUGGGCUGGUUCAUUUUACAUGGCUGACACGAGUUUGGUAAUUAUAUUUCUUUUACCAAAUGGAGAUUUGAAUGUAGCUAAUGCAACAUGGAAUCAAUUGAUGAAGAACAAUACUGACUUGAAUUUCAUGCAACCUUUUAUCCUUACUUUUUCAUCAUUCAAUGACUUUUUUCUUAACGUACUUGCACCAUUUAAUCCAACAGGUGAUAAUGUUCUAUUAGGAUCUCGUCUCAUACCCGAAACGAUCGUUCGUAAUCAACCCGAACAACUUGCUGAGACAUUUCUUCGUAUUAAAGGCAAAGCUGGAACGUCUCUCAUUGGACAUCUUGUAGCAGGUGGACAAGUAUCAAAUAUGUCGAAUAAUAAUAGUGUUAAUAGUGCAUGGCGUACAGCUCUUCUUCAUAUGAUCUAUUCACAGAGUUGGCCAGAUGGAACAUCUGAUGAAGAGCAACAAAAGCUAGCUGCACAUGUUACAAGUCAAGUCGAUAUUUUACAAACAGUCUCAGGGGGAUCACAAUCCGGUGCAUACAUGAAUGAAGCCAAUCCAAAUGAACUUAAUUGGCAACAGAAAUUUUUUGGUACACAACAAAUCUAUGAUCGACUCAAAUCGAUCAAACAAGCCGUUGAUCCACAUGGUUUAUUUGUUUGUAAAAAUUGUGUCGGUAGUGAAGAUUGGUCAUUAGAUCUGAAUUGUCCAAAGAUGUCGAGUGCUAAUAAAGUUAGCACAACAAUAUUGCUGUUCGUUAUAAUGCAAUUUUUGUGCUAAUCUUUUAAAAUACAUAUCUGAGCUAUUCUCGAUUUUCAUUGCUAGAGUUCAUAAUCGAUUAUCCGUAGUUGAGAGAUAAGAUACAAAGAACCCUCUAGUCAUAGCUCCAUUAGCUGACAAUACCGAAAAAUCGGUUGUUUUAUUAUUUAAAUUCAAGCCACCUUGACAAAUCGAUUUUUCUGAUGAACAUUCCAGGUAUCCUAAUUCAACUUGUUAAUACCCUUCAUUGUUGUGAUAUGAAAUUGAAGAAUAUAUCUUACUAUAAAUGAAAUUUUUCGUAGUUCAAUGAUAUGUCGGUCGACUUGCGAUGAAAAUAUUUGAUAUUUUUACCCAAAGAUUUCGUCUUCAGUUUUACAUUGACAAACUCCGCAGUUCAGAAAAUUAUUAAAAUCAUAUAAAAAUAUCUUCAAGUAGCGCUAAUAUAAAAUGAACUAUUGUUCAAAAUAAUUCGCAUCUUUUUGUACAUAUCUGUCUCUAUCAAUAUGUGGAUUUGAAGCUUCAUAUACGAUUAGGACUCGUAAUCACGAAAGAGAAAAGUAUCGAAGACAACGGUUGUGCAAGAUAGUUUUGACAUUUUUAAGAAGUGAAGUGACAGCAAUGAAAUCGACUGAAUAUAAUCUUCACUUUUUCAACAUAUUUGUAAAAUAAUCUUUGGUUCCAAUCAUGUAUGAUUUUGUAGAGAAUUUCAAACGCAAUCCUUUGAUUAGGGUGAUAGUGUGUGUGUACUUUGAUAUUCACUGUACUCUCGUCUACGUCCACAUUUUCAACUUCAGAAAAAAUUGAUUUCUAAUAGGAACAAUUUAUUCAAAGAGUGGUUUUCUUGUGUCUUUUUGUUUUUCUACUAACUCUAGGUACAGAAAUCAAAUUAUUUGACUUUAAAAGUUUUCGUCCAUAAUGAUUUCGAAUUCGCCUAUAUGAAAUGGAUACUUAAUAAUAUAAAUCACAUCCAAAAGAUUUAAACUUCAUCUUCAUAUGUAAAUUAUUGUCGAGAAACAUUAAAAAAACAAUAAAUUCCUUUGAAAUUCAUCAAUUUUGAAUUUAUGAAUGAAUUACAGUAAGAUAAUCUGUUCUACAAGAAUAUAUAUCACUUUUUAAUAUGACUUUUUCUUUUAGUUUUGAGACAAAUAUUUUUACUUGGCCACAUAUUCAAGAUAUUUCGAUUGAUUUGCAUCCAUCUCGUUACUUAUUUCUUGAGCGACUAAAUGAAAUAUAUCUUAAUAUUGCUCCUAUUAAAGUUUAUACAGGUUAAGAUUUUAUUCUUU